AUGACCCCAGUUAAUCAAGAAAUUAGUACGAUUAAACAGUCCUGCAUUUUACAGUUUUGUAGGAAACGAGACUUGGAGGAGGGGGAAGUGAGGGAGGUUAUACAGACCAAGGAAGUGAUCACUAUAGACGAUGAAGAUGAGGGAGUAGAAGACAAAAUAACUGCUGGGGAAGAACUUAAGGUUGAUGGGGAUAUCUUAUGUCCCAUUUGUGAGAUACCGUUGAAUAGUUUAUCAUUAGAGAGAAGAUAUGAGCAUGUGUGUUGCCAUAUGGACAAUGUUCAAGAAGAGAAACCAACUGUACUGCCUAAAACAAAGAAGCGCAAGGCAAGAAAGAAGAAAGCAGGCAAGGCUUUGAAACCUUCUAAGAGACGCAGACCAGCCAAACCUAUACCUGCUCACAAUAUUCUUCAAUUUGGAGACGAUAGGGUGGUGGUAGAUGCGUUUUGUUACGCAGAAGACCCUUCAAUAGAUGUUUAUUUGCUCUCACACUUUCAUUCGGAUCAUUAUGGAGGUUUGACGAAAGGUUGGCAUAAAGGAAAAGUAAUUAUAGCUACGAAGACCACUGUCAGACUUGCGGUUCACAAGUUUCACUGUCCCGAGGAGCUUUUUCUGCCUCUAGAAUACAACGAAACUAAGCAGAUUCCCGGAACGGAACUUAAAGUGACUUGUCUUGAUGGAAACCAUUGUCCUGGAAGUGGAAUAUUUAUUCUUGAGUCAAUCAAGACUGGAGAAAAGUUCCUUCAUUGCGGAGAUUUUAGAAUAAGCCGACUCAUGAUUGAAUAUCUUCUCAAAUGGGGCUCAUUUAACCGUAUUUAUCUUGAUACAACGUACUUGAAUCCUCAGUACAGCUUUGGUAGACAAGAGACCGUCAUUAACGCUACUUGCAAGGUUUUGAGGAAGAGAAGCCAAUGCAAACAGACCACUCAAAAGAGGGUGAUUGACUUUUUUUGCAAAUCUGAAGACCUCUCUAUCGAUCCUGCGGAGUUUCUUAUUGUGGUAGGUACCUAUUCCAUAGGUAAGGAAAGAUUGGCUAUAGCUAUUGCUGAGACUCUGGGUAGUAAGAUUUACUGCACUAGGAGCAAAGCAGACAUAUUACAUCUACUUGAAUGGGAUGAAUUGGAAAGACUACUUGAAACGGAUCCAAGCAAGGCUAAAUAUUGUCAGGUACAUCUUGUCCCCCUACUGGGUACCAACAAGAACUCUCUCUUGGAUUAUUAUAGGCCAUAUUCCAAUCAUUAUAGAGCAGUAGUAGGCAUCUGCGCCACUGGAUGGACUGGUGUUCAAAGAAGUGAAGAAAGAGGAUUUGCACAGCCGGACGAAUACUUGAGCAAGUUUGUAGAUGCCGUAGACGAGAAUGAUAUCUAUAACGUGUUACUUGGACAGAUGGAGUUUCGAAAUAAGAAAGAGAAGGAGAAAGACUUGUUUCUUACAAAACUGUUGAGGGUUCCUUACAGCGAGCAUUCUUCCUUUAGAGAGCUCUUCUAUUUUAUCAAUUUAGUGCCUUGCGACAUGCUGGUACCUACGGUGAAUCUCGACAGAAUGGACGAGCACGCAAAAUGGAUUCGGAUGUUCAAAGACUACAAAGGACAGCUUGAUUUGGCCAAAUUAUAG